CCUGUCAGAUUAUUGGGUCCAAUAAAGGCGAGAGCCCGGUUCCUGAGCUGCCUGUUACGUUGUCAAUCACUCUGCAAGACAUUAACGAUGGAUCAUCUGACUGCUGCAAAUGUCAAGUUUGCUGUUGAUCUCUUCAAGCAGUUGGAUAAAAAUGACAAAGUUGGCAAUAUCUUUGUAUCCCCCUUUAGCAUAUCAACUGCUCUGGCCAUGGUGUAUCUUGGUGUUAAAGGAAAUACAGCAACUCAGAUGGCUAAGGUGCUUUCUUUUGAUCAAGUCAAAGACAUCCACUCUGAAUUUCAGAAACUGGGAGUUGAGUUCAUCAACCCUAAAGCAGAGUAUGUCUUGAAGACAGCCAAUCGCCUCUAUGGGGAGAAGACCUUCAACUUCCUUGCAGAGUUCCUUGCUGACACACUGAAAUACUAUCAGGCAGAGAUGGCUCCAGUUGACUUUGCUUAUGCAGCAGAAAAAGUCAGACAAGAGAUCAACACCUGGACAGAAGCACAAACUGCAAGUAAGAUCAAGAACCUACUGGCUGAACAAACUGUUGACGACUCUACAAAGCUUGUUCUUGUAAAUGCCAUAUAUUUUAAGGGAAACUGGGACAAGAAAUUUGAUGAAAAACUUACGCAAGAUAGACAAUUCAAAAUAAACCAGCACGAAGCAAAGCCUGUGCAAAUGAUGCAGCAAAAAGGCAAGUUUGCCAUCUCUUACAUUCAGGAAGUUUCAACCCAGAUACUUGAGCUCCCCUAUGUUGGCAGUGAGCUCAGUAUGGUCAUCCUGUUGCCAGAUAUAAAUGAUGACUUCACUGGGCUGGAAAAACUUCAGAAUCAUCUCACUUUUGAUCAUUUGAUGAAUUGGACCAACCCAGACACGAUGAACCAGAUGGAAGUUAAUGUUGCUCUGCCCAGAUUCAAGCUGGAAGAGAAAUAUGAUCUUGAAUCAAUCCUCCCCCAAAUGGGGAUGGUGGAUGCUUUUAGCCCCAUACAUGCUAACUUCUCUGGGAUGAGUACUACAAGUGGUCUUGUUUUGACAAAAGUUGUGCAUAAAUCCUUCGUGGAAGUUAAUGAGGAAGGCACAGAAGCAGCUGCUGCAACAGCAGCGGUUAUCAUGUUGCGAUGUGCGCCAGUAAUGCACAACUUUGUGGCUGACCAUCCAUUCCUGUUCUUCAUCCGGCACAACAAAACACGCCACAUUUUAUUCUUUGGAAGGUUCUCCUCUCCUUAAACAUGGUGCCAUGUGGCAGCAGCUUUUUCAAUCCAUCUCCUCCUUUCCUGCCAUUGUCCUUGCCCCACCCCACAAUGCCAAUCAGAUGUCUCUGCCAAUCGGUUUCAAAGAGGAGCAACAGAACAUUUCAACAAGUUGAGGGGUUGUACUAGGUAGAUUCUCAUGAUGUUAAGAGAGAGUGCAAUAAAGUACAAUAUGCAUUUUCUUUAUUGUAAACAAUUGAGUUUUAGAAAGCUAUAAAUGAGGAAAAACUUGUUAGAAAAGUUUCUACUUGGAAUUUGUUGCUUCUGAUUAUCAUGGGAGGAGUCUAUUGUUGGGAGUGGACAGUUCUCAAGUGCUAAACUUUCAAAAAUAAAUAAGUGCCUUCCUAUUACUCACAUUUUUGUUAAAUGAGACUCCUUUUAUUUGGUUGAAAUAUCCUUUGUGACAGUGACCAUAUUUUUCCCCCUCCACUCCUACUUAUCAACACAAUCAUUUAUAGGAUGAUUAAGUAUUGCAUUUUCACUAGUAUCUAAAACCCACAUCAAAUUUUGACAGUUGAAGUAACUUCCUAAUUUUGACUUAAAUUCUUCUUUUAGCCUGUUUGUUCCCAUAGCUCCUUUGGCUUGAUUGCAGUUGCACUCUGAAUUUAUGUUAAUGUUUUGGGUUAACAUCCCAUACUUGCAUUUGAUGCUUUAUUUCUGGGCAAAUAUUCCAUCGCCACCAUGCUACAUAAUUAGACACUUGUGCAGUGUCAUGAACCCAUUGAGGUUUAAUUGCAAGGAAUAACCAAUAUUCAGUGGAAAGGCUUAAAAGUUAACACUCAAAAUAAGAUAGUCAAGACAGAGAUGUCUUGUGGUUAAUGCUUUAAUGUUUAUAAUCUAUUACUGAAAUAAAGAUGCUUGCAUUGACUUUCAUGAAUAAUUGUGAAUAUCUGAGUGGAAUUCUUGGGCCUAUUUGAGAAACUUUGUUUUCAUUGUUUGAAACUAAUACCAGCAGCAUUUAAUUCAUAUCUCUAUAUCAUCUUGGACAUGAUUAUUAAUUGUCCCUUAAAGUACAGUAACGUGAAAAUUCAUCAUCCCAUGGUUGUGCAUCUAGCUCACAAUUCUGCUAUCUGUACCCUCUUUAAACUCAGCAGGGUCUUUAAAAAUGUAUUUUAUUACUGUGGAACACAUUUAAAAGUGAAUUUCCAUAUUAAUUGGAGUAACAUCAAAUUGUCUAGAAAAUCUGUAAUUUGGUACUACCUAAAUCCACUGUAUGACAGAUUAACAAAGGACUUUGUGAUCAGUGGUCAAGGGAGAAGACUUAUUGUUGAUUCUGUUGCAAUCCUUUUGAGCGGCAACUUGUGAUAAAUCGAUAACUAGUGAGCAUAGUGCCCUCUAAAGGUGUAAAAGUUACAGUAAGGAAGGAUUUUUCACUCAAUUAAUAUGAGGAUUCUUUGUGUUACGGACUCAGUGAAAGUCCCUUUAAGAUAGAGAGUGUGUGUGUAUGUGUGUGUGGGGCGUGCUUACGUCAAUAGAAGAUAAAGAACGUAAUGACGUUGUUGAAGAAGUCAGAAGAAGAAGAAGAAGAGAGAGAGAGAGAAGGGAGAGAGACACCAGCCUGCUUGUUUUCUCUAUCGAUGGAUGAGAAACAAUAACUGUGUUUGCCACUGAAAUCCAUGUAUGGAAGUUGGAAGUAAUCUGGUGGAGUUCACUUUGUUGCUGACCUGUAGAAGGAAACAGGUAUUUGUGUGUGGACGACCACGGUUCGGAUGCUUUCGGGGUGAGGAAGUCACUACCGAGUAAACACUGAAGUGUCGUUUGGGUUCCAUCGAGGAACAUUUGGAUUUCGUAUGUACUCUCUCUAUGUUUUUCUACAUCUACAUCUUAUCUUCAGACAACGGUGGUUGUUGAAGAAGCCCUUGCUCAUGUUUCACCUUAUGGCUUGCGGAACUGAACUUUAAGAACCAUUCAGGAACUGGGAGUUUUGGACUUUGUCACACACACACACACGAAGAGUUUAGUUUUGGGGUUAACGUUCGAGGUUUAACAUUCUUGAAUUCUAACAUACUAACAUUUUUUUUAACUUUUAUUUUACGUAUUAUCAUAAGUAGUGAUUAAUAAAAUAGUUUUUAA